AUGAGUAAGGACAUGGAAGCUGCUAUCAGCAUGCGGUUCGACCUCUACGGGCGCAUCGCUCGCUCGUACGAGAACUUGAAAAAAGUAGGCUCUGCUCACUAUACGAUCGGCUUAGUGGAAGCGCGUCUACAAGCCCUCGAAUCCAACUGGGAAAAAUUCGACAUUCAACACAAGCUCCUCGCCGCAUACAGGGACGCCCUGGCAGGACAUGACUACCUGAAGAAGGACAUGCAGUCCCUUACGGAGGAAGCUUACAUCGCACAGAAGUGUAUGUUCCUUGACAUACUCCGCUUCAUGAAGAAUAAGGUCAGCGCGGAAGCGCCUGCCAUCGGCGCGAAUCCCUUGCAGACAUCGCGCACGACUUUGCCGCGGAUCCAGCUGCCACAAUUCUCGGGUUGGUACGAAGAGUGGCCUUCCUUCCGGGAUCUCUUCAACUCACUCAUCGUGAAAGAUGCCUCCACAGCUCAAGUCGAGAAGCUUCAUUACUUGAAGACGUGCUUGAAAGGUGAGGCGGAACUAUUAAUACGCAGUUUGCCGACGACAGCCGAGAAUUUCGAUCGCGCGUGGAAAAUCCUGACAGGAUAUUACGAGAAUAAACGUCUUCUAGUUUGUUCUUACAUUUCGCGAUUUUCGGCUCUUCAGAAACUCAAAAGUGAAUCCGCUACCGAAUUAAGAAAAUUAUAUCACGGCGUAAUGAGCACCGUCGGCGUUCUCGAAAGCAUCGGACGGCCGAUAACGCGCGGCGAGAAUCUCUUCGUUCAUCUCGUCGUGGAUCUCCUUGAUUCCCGGUCGCGUCGCGAGUGGGAAAGUUCUAUCAGUGAUGCGACGGAACCUCCGUCGUAUACCGCGUUGCAACAGUUCAUAGACCGUCGACUUCAUACGCUCGAAUCCUUGCAGUCUAGUCAACCGGAGACUAGCCCUGCGAAAUCAAGUCUAAAUUCGGGGCGUCCGUCCGCGCGUACUUCACGCUCGUAA